AUGCUCGCAGACUCCGUGAACAGGCUUCGGGGAGCCAACAGACAAAUAGGAGCACUGCACUGCGCAGACGAGCGGGCGUUUUCAAAGUCUGGCCGCCGGGAGGGCGGCGGUACAACCGGUGGGCACCGGCAGGCUGGCUCAUUGCCAGGCAAGAAGCAGGCCGCGAGCCAGGAUUUCCCAACUGAUUCCUUCAACCCACACACUCUCCUGCGCGAGCCCCCGGUUCAAUUAGGCUCCCCGGCACCAACAGGAGAUUCCGGGGCAGCACACGAGCUGUUGAAGGAGUCGUUCUGCGGUGUUGUUAUCGAGAAAGUGCCCGUAUAUCCGCAAGGUAGUGUACGGAUAUUCUGCUGCACCAGGAGAGACGUUGCGGGCAACAAGGCAGGCGAAGUGCAGAUUCUCUAUUGGAGUAUCAGCAUGAGCAUGAGCAUGCCCCCGACCUCUGCUCAUCACGAUUCACCCGGCGGUACCAUGUUCGUUUGA